AUGGACGCCUGCAUGUACAGCGUGGACUCGCAUCCCUACGCUGAGUCGUCCUGCAGGACAGGAUUAGACGACCUCCCUGAUGAGACCUACGUCUUCCCCGCGCCAUGGGUUCCUCAGGAUCUGCCGUGGACCUCGGCUCCUCCGACAUCGAUCUACGACCAUAUGUUUUCUCGCGCGUCUGUGCUCAAUCCUCCUCGCGCCCCCGCGUCCCGGCCCCAGUCGUCAGCUCGCCCAUACAAUAUGAUUCCCCCACCGCAGCCUUAUUCUCGCGCCCCCGCCCCUUCCAACGAUGCAACCUCUUCUCGAGCCCCCUCUCCCCAUGAGGCGACGCCGCCACCGAACCCCAAGCUGGUAUUCCGCCUCCCGAACUUCGCCUUCACCAACGUGCAGCCCGCCGCAGCGCCGACGUCGAUCAACCUCGCUCCAACGGAAAGCGCCUCAAACUCGACGUCGAAUGCCACCGCCCCAACGACGAGCACCUCCACCCGCCGAUCCGCAAAGACGCGCGCCGCCGCCGCCAUGAAGUCGCUCUCUGCGAAGAUCCUGUCUCGUCCGAAGCCUUCACGGGCGUCCUCGUCCUCUACGGCUGCUUCGACGUCGUCUACCGCCGCUUCCGCGUCGACGGCCGCUGCCUCCGAGUCCGCGGAAUCGGACACCACCAUCGUGGAUGACCUUCACUGGGAAAUCGAGCCGCUCCCCGGCACCGUCCAGCGCCCCUACACGCUCGAGCAGACGGACCACUGGCAGAAGGUGAAGGCGUAUGUCGCGAAGAUCCUGAAGAGCGCAACGGGCAAGCAGUAUAAGGCUGUGGACCUCGACCCGGACGAGGUCGUGGAUAGAUUUUUGGAGGAGAGGUAUGAGAGGACGGGGAUGAAGCCGACGGUUAGGAGAAGCGUUGCUAAGACGCCGGCGGGGAAGAAGACGAGCGCGCGGAAGGGGGCGAAGAGGGCGAGGGUUGUGGUCGAGCCUGAGUCGGAGGACGAGGAGGACGACGUUGAGGAGGCUGAGGAGGCAGAAGGGGAACAUAUGGAGGCUGACGAGCAGGAGGAAGAGGACGACGACGAUGAGGAGUACGUGCAGGAGGUGCAGCAACCUGCCGCCAGGGCCGGCACCAAGCGCAAGCGGCCCGCUACCGACGACGAUGACGAUGACGACGACGAACCCGCCAAGCCCACCAAAGACGAGCGCACGAACCACGACAUCGGCGAGCGCAUCGAGCUCUUGCGCCUUGACGAGAUGGUCAUCUGUUUCGGCGCGCACCAUGUCCUCUGCGCGGGCUGCCUUCGCGUCAUCGGGACUGAGGCGCGGUGGGACUUCUACAACGGCGGCCUCUGGCACAAGCACAAGUACCGCAACUGCAAGGGGUUCAAGCGGUGGGAGGAGAAGCCGCCAAGCAAGGAGGACCUGAUGGCGUGGCAGAAGUCGCGCAACCAGUGCGCGGAUGGGCUGCUCAAGGUGUACAUGAAGGUGGAGAAGGACCGCAGGACGGCGCGCUGCCACUGCGAGCGCCUGGGGCUGGAGGAGGAGCGCCUUGCGGCAUACUGGCUGAAGCACUCGAGGAACAACUUUCGCAACUUUGCCAAGAAGAUGGCGAAGAAGGCGCCUUGGAACUUUGGCUAUCAUUAA